UUACAGAUCUGAAUCCUGAAACAUCACCAGAUAAUUUAUUUGAUGUUCUAUCAUUAUGUAAUGAUGUGAAUGAUUCAUGGAAGGCAAUACUUGGUCAUUGUAUUGCUUUGAGGCGACCGCUCUUUGCCGUCCUUGCUGCCUGUUAUAAGGUAAUGUGAGAAUUCACCCAUUGAGCGUCAGCACUUUCUAGUUGUUUUUCUUUACGUGAAACAUGAUCCGAACCACCACCCUCUUGUAUGUUGUUUAACAGGAGGCGAAAGCAGUAGAUUGUAUAUGUGCAUGGCUUUGUUCUAUCCAUGAUAAAGAAAUAUUCCAUUCAGCAUUGGAAAACAUAUCAGGUAUGUGUACAUUAUCGUUUCCAGGGCUUCACGGCUGUCUGUGUUGGUAUGUGUGUUGAUACUAUUUGCUACUGUAGUUGACAAUAAAUUUCAAAUUGAAAAAAAAAAAGAUUUGAUACUACAGGUUUCCUCCUGUUGUAACGCUGUAUCAGUAAGGGAUGACCCUUUCGUGACCUCUAUAGGGAGUACAGUUUAGGACUAAUAGUGCUAUCCAAUGUAAAGUUAGUUUAGUUUUGUUUAGAUAUAUGUAGCAACAUACGAUACUGGACCUCUAGAGGGAACAGUUACAGUUUGGAACUGAUAGAGCUAUCCAGUAUGAAUAAAGUUAGUUUAGUUUAGGUUUCCUCCUGUGGUAACACUGGAUCAAUAAGAGAUUAUGUCCUAACUGGACCCCCAAGGAGAACAGUUUAGAACUUAUGGAGGUAUCCAGUAUAGAUAAAGUUAGUUUAGGUUUCCUCCUGUAGUAACACUGGAUCAAUAAGGGGUGAUAUCCUUACUGGAUCUCCAGGAAGAACAGUUUAGAACUGAUAGAGCUAUCCAGUAUGAAUAAAGUUUAGUUUUAAUGUUACAAAACCUGUCUUCUGUCUAGAUAUUCAAUGGCACAAAUGGACAUUGGACAAUCUUCUCACUCUUAUUCUAACAAUUUCCAAAUACGGCGGGGAGUACGUUCACAGUUUGACAAGAGCUUUUUAUUUAUUUGAUCCAGUGAGUAUUUUUUCCCAGUUGGUUCUUUCGAAUUGGAUGCGUUAUUGCCCAUUUUGUGUGUGUUUACACUAAGUAGGAUGAAUGAUCUGUGAUAUAAAUCAGGUCAAUAUUUUGUGUGUGUUUUACAGGACAAUAUGCUGCUUCCAUUCAUUCAAUUUUACGAAGUAUUUUCAAUCCAUAUGGACUUCGAAGCUGCUGGAACACAACUGUCUGACUUUGUCCAACGACAUAAAUCGGUAUGUGUAUUUUGUGAUUUCAUGGUAAUAUAUCACGCACAAGAACUAAUUUUAUUUAUACAGGAUAGCUCUAUCAGUUGUAAACUGUUCUCCCUAGAGGUCCAAUAAGGAUCAUCUCUUAUUGAUCCAGUGUUACUACAGGAGGAAACCUAAACUAAACUAACUUUACUUAUACUGGAUAGCUCUAUCAGUUCUGAACUGUUCUUCCUAGAGGUCCAGUAAGGAUCAUCUCUUAUUGAUCCAGUGUUACUACAGGAGGAAACCUAAACUAAACUAACUUUACUUAUACUGGAUAGCUCUAUCAGUUCUAAAGUGUUCUCCCUAGAGGUCCAGUAAGAACCAUAUCUUAUUGAUCCAGUGUUACUACAGGAGUAAACCUAAACUAAACUAACUUUAUUUAUACUGGAUAGCUCUAUCAGUUCUGAACUGUUCUCCCUAGAGGUCCAAUAAGGAUCAUCUCUUAUCGAUCCAGUGUUACUAAGAAGGAAACCUAAACUAACCUCAUUUAUACUGUAUAGCUCUAUCAGUUCUGAACUGUUCUCCCUAGAGGUCCAGUAACAGCUAUCCCUUAUUGAUCCAGUGUUACUACAGGAGGAAACCUAAGCUUGUUUUAUUUUGACUAUAUAUGGCCCUUUCAGUUCUAAACUGUUCUCCAUAGAGACCCAGCUAGUGCCAUCCCUAAUUGAUCCAGUACUACUACAGAAAUAAACCUAUAUAGAUAGCUCAUUUAGUUAGUACAAUUUUCUCUAUAAUAAAGGGCUUUCAAUUAUUGUCCCUUGCCCCCUUUUCAUACGAAGAUAGAAAAUGUAUGUAUUUAAACAGCAUGUAGUUAUCGUUCGUGUUGGUGGUGUAAAACGCGCAAGCCUCAUUUCGUUCUCCCAUUUUUCAGGUCUCAGUCAACGACAGCCUGAGACGACAGAUAGUUGUAGGAGAUUUAACUUGGUGUGAACGGGUGUCGAGUGGCGUGGUCCAGAAUAUGUUGCGGUCAUCUCAGACGAUGUAUAUGCAAGUACAGCUCUUGAAAUUAUUGUGUUAUAGUAAAUUUGGAAAUGGAUUUAGUAUAAUGGGUGAGUGUUUGAAGUUCUCCUUGUCUGGGAUGGAUCCAGCAUGAUCUGGUAGGGGAGUUCUGUCAUGUGUGCCGCCCACCCAUCAACAUACUGUAUUUGAAUUGUAAUUGUUGUUCACAGUUCGCUUAUCAUCAUGUUAUUACUCGAAUUACUGUAUCUCAUUUUGUUUCUAUUAUUUUUUUCUUUAUCAUGAAAAAUAACACCAUCCCCCUGCACCCCCUUUGCCCAGGGCUAGGGGAGUGCCCCCCCCAGUAUUCAUCCCUGCUCCUUGUAUUUUCAGGUAGUUGUAUCCCUUUACUGGGUGGCACUCCCCCUAGCUCUGGGCAGGGGGGUGUGCUAUUUUUCAUGAUAAAAAAAAAUAAUAGAGACAAAAUCAGAUACAGUAAUUUGAGCAUCUGUGUUAGUUAAGGCUGGUUUAUGAAGGAUUUGUAAGAAAUGUUUGAGAGAACUAAUUCAGUUUUUAACUGACUUCAUUGAAGUCGAACUGACUUAAUGUUAAACACUGAGUCAGUUACCUCAAGAAUCUGACAAAUCCUUCAUAAACCAGCAGGAAGAAUUUACAGAAAACUUAGAAUUCACCGAUGCAAAAUUCCUACUGUGAUCACAGAAAUUUUGAUAGUGUAAACCUGCCUUUAGUCAAUGUCCGAGUAAUUGAACACUUGAGCGGACAUUGUCAGACCCAGGGGAGAUUGUUAUAAUCCACACUGCUCGCAAACACGUACGAGUUACAUAGAAGACAUUCCCUUGCAGUUCCAGAUUUCAAGAAACUGUACAAGAUCUGUCAAAUUCUCGAAGAAGGUGCUGUGUUUGCUCAGUGUUUGGAUCUCGCAUCAGACCAGACGGAAGUGUCUAGGAUUAUGGAAGAGUUGAUGCAACGUCAACAGUUUACGCAAGCGAGGGAGUACGCCACGCUCGUAGGGAUAUCUAGUGAUAAAGUUAGCAUUAUGCAGGUAUGAUAGGAUAUCUAGUGAUAAGUUAGCAUUAUGCAGGUAUGAUAGGAUAUCUAGUGAUAAAGUUAGCAUUAUGCAGGUAUGAUAGGAUAUCUAGUGAUAAGUUAGCAUUAUGCAGGUAUGAUAGGAUAUCUAGUGAUAAAGUUAGCAUUAUGCAGGUAUGAUAGGAUAUCUAGUGAUAAGUUAGCAUUAUGCAGGUAUGAUAGGAUAUCUAGUGAUAAAGUUAGCAUUAUGCAGGUAUGAUAGGAUAUCUAGUGAUAAGUUAGCAUUAUGCAGGUAUGAUAGGAUAUCUAGUGAUAAAGUUAGCAUUAUGCAGGUAUGAUAGGAUAUCUAGUGAUAAGUUAGCAUUAUGCAGGUAUGAUAGGAUAUCUAGUGAUAAAGUUAGCAUUAUGCAGGUAUGAUAGGAUAUCUAGUGAUAAGUUAGCAUUAUGCAGGUAUGAUAGGAUAUCUAGUGAUAAAGUUAGCAUUAUGCAGGUAUGAUAGGAUAUCUAGUGAUAAGUUAGCAUUAUGCAGGUAUGAUAGGAUAUCUAGUGAUAAAGUUAGCAUUAUGCAGGUAUGAUAGGAUAUCUAGUGAUAAGUUAGCAUUAUGCAGGUAUGAUAGGAUAUCUAGUGAUAAAGUUAGCAUUAUGCAGGUAUGAUAGGAUAUCUAGUGAUAAGUUAGCAUUAUGCAGGUAUGAUAGGAUAUCUAGUGAUAAAGUUAGCAUUAUGCAGGUAUGAUAGGAUAUCCAGUGAUAAAGUUAGCAUUAUGCAGGUAUGAUAUACACAGUUUGUCAACAAGAUGUGUUCGCACUGUUUCUGCCUAGUUGUUGACAAGUCUGGAACGACUCUGGGCGAACUCCAUUUUCAAAAGCCAUGAGAACUCCGUUUUCAGAUGCCAAAACAACGUUUUCAAAAGCCAGAACGUCCUUUUCAAAUGCCAAAACUCCAUUUUCAAAUGCCAAAACGCCGUUUUCAAAUGUCAGAACUCAAUUUUCAAAUGCCACAACUCGGUUUUCAAAUGCCAGAACUCCCUUUUCAAAUGCCAAAACUCCGUUUUCAAAUGUCAGAACUCAGUUUUCAAAUGUCAGAACUUCGUUUUCAAAAGCCAGAACUCCAUUUUCAAAUGCCAAAACUCCGUUUUCAAAUGCCAGAACUCAGUUUUAAAAUGUCAGAACUUUGUUUUCAAAAGCCAGAACUCCAUUUUCAAAUGCCAAAACUCCGUUUUCAAAUGCCAGAACUCAGUUUUCAAAUGCCAGAACUUAGUUUUCAAAUGCCAGAACUCCCUUUUCAAAUGCCAAAACGCCGUUUUCAAAUGCCAGAACUCAGUUUUAAAAUGCCAAAACAACGUUUUCAAAUGCCAGAACGUCCUUUUCAAAUGCCAAAACGCCGUUUUCAAAUGCCAAAACUCAGUUUUCAAAUGCCAAAACCCAGUUUUCAAAUGCCAAAACCCAGUUUUCAAAUGCCAAAACUCAGUUUUCAAAUGCCAAAACUCCGUUUUCAAAUGCCAGAACUCAGUUUUCAAAUGCCAGAACUCGGUUUUCAAAUGCCAAAACAACGUUGUUAUAAUCUUGUAACAAGGUUGAUGAGGCCAAUAGACUCGCGACAAGUUUGUUUCAACAAAUCUGAUAUUGUCUGCACGUAACAAAUUGUUAACAAGUUGAUGAGAACAAGGCUCGUAGCAAUUUUUACGAACAGCCUGCAUUGGUCUUAUUGGAACAACUUGCGGCAAGUCUGUUAAUUCUGUAUUUCUGUUCCUAUUCUCUUCCGCAGAUUAUUCAUAAGAAGGAAAACAUUCAAGCUUCGCGACUCUGGGAGAAUGAACGAGAGCGCGUUGCAUUUUGGGAAAAUUGUGAUCGAUAUUUUGAGGAAGAAGAGUGUACUACUGCUGGCCAAUUCUUUGAGGUGAUUAAUGUCGCUCGUGUUCAUUUCGCAAUCAAAUUCAAGCUGAACGAAUGAGAGGGUCAUGACCCUUGCUAGACGUUUAGAACAGUUUAGAACUGGUAGAGCUACCCCUAUGUCUAUUUUAAUCAGUUUGAAAUAAUUUGAUUUCCAUGCUUUAUUUUUUCAGGACGAAGCUUGUCGUAGUUUUGUGUCAAACCGCGAGAAAGCGACAUUAUUAUGCUUUGCAGUAAAAUGGUUCUCAGGAAAACGCCUGAGGGGUGAAGCUGUGACGAAGUCGUCAGACGAGCUGGCUGGGCUGGAGAGUCAAAUGUGGUUGUGCAUUAUUAACGACAGGAUACAUUCAACUGACGAGGUAGGCUCAGUAGCUCGAGCCGAAGGUGAGAGUUUGUAUAUCCGCGAUACAACACGUACGCGAAUGUUGUAAAUGGUUUGUGAAACGUCUUGAUGCGAACAUUCGUAUUCUUCAACAAUUUAAAAUAAAUGAAUGAUAUUUGGUGAGAAAAUUAAACUUAAAGUUUAUGUAAAUCAGCAUGAUUUUGUAUCAGAUAUACAAACUCCUUCACGCUCAUGAUUUCUUUUGUGUUUUCUUCGUGAAUUAUUAAUGAGUUCCACAAAUUUUGUUGAAACAGGUAAAGUCGAAGACAGCCAUUCAUAAGUUCACAUGCUGCGAGAGUGAUUCUGACUUGGUUCAAGAACGAAUCGUUACGGUUGAUGAGGGUUUCUCUCACCUCAUUAAAGAUGAGCAGGUGCGUUGAAUUACUCUGAGUGGGAGACAUACAAGUACUUUUAAAAUAUAAACAGAACUUAACGUUUUGAACGUCGCCACCCCACAGCUGUUUCUUAUCGUUGCUACCUUCACUGGCACCAACCGAUCUCGUUAAAUUACUGGAUACCUUGUGUUGUCCACCUUGUGACAUUCUUGUUACAUCACGACUGUAUCAGACUUGUUAGAACAACCUUGUAACAAGCUUAUCAACUUGUUCCAAACUUGUUACAACAACUGGGAACAAGCUGUGCGAACACAACUUGUCUACAACUUGUGAACAGAUUUGUAACAACUUGUUUGCAGACCUGUAACAACUUAUUCGUUUUUACGUGUGUAGAUGCGCGAUGUGUUUAAAGACAUUCUAGGGGAGUUGCUGGAUCAAGGACAGAUCACACAAGCACGAAGGUUAUCGCAACUCUUUGGUGUCUCGACUUCAGACCUUGACAUUGUAUUGGUGAGAAUAUUCUUUUUAUCCAUUGUGUGAUUUUUGGGCGGUGACUAAAAAAGGUUAUAUUUAUGUGCGUUCUAAAGAGGGUUGAUCGUAAUUUAUAACCAAUAAAGGAUAGCUCUGAACCUCUAGAAGAACAGUUUAGAAAUGAUAGAUGUAUCCAAUCUAAAUAAAGUUAUUUUAUUUUGUUUUGUCUUGAAGUAACACUAGAGCAAUAAAGAAUGGGCCUUUUUGGAACUCUAGAAAAAAACAGAGCAAUCCAGCUAAAUAGAAUUAGUUUAGUUAUGUAGGAUCGUGUGAUCAAGAAAAUUAGUUAAGGCUGGUUUAUAUUAUAUUAUCAAAGUUUCUGUGUUUUCACAGCAGAAAUUUUGCAUAGAUAAAUUCUAAGUUUUGAAGGAUUUGUAAGAAAUGUUUGAGGGAAUGACUCGGUAAACAAUACUGAGUGAGUUCCCUCAAACAUUUCUUACAAAUUCUUCAAAACUUAGAAUUUACCCAUUCAAAAUUCCUACUGUGAUUACAGAAACUUUUUAUAGUGUAAACCAAUCUUUAGUUCAAAGAUGAGAAAUAAUAUAUUAUUUUAACCUGUUUUAGACAUGCAUCUUUCUGGCACAAGAAAUUCUUAACCCAGACUCGUUAGAUGAGGAGAUCAAAGCUCUGUUAGUUCGCGAAGACAAACCAACGCUUUCCAACAGUUUGAGAUCAAGUGAGGAUACUUUCCUUGGCAGCCUAUGUCAAAGUAUACAGUCAGGUCACGCUGAUACGAUUGGCUCAUAUGACGGCAUGUCGUCGUGGACAGUGAUUAGUGAUAAUUUAGCAGCCAUGGAAAAUCUCGCGCAAUCUUGUGUUUCGGGAAGGAUUUGUUGUUCCAGGGUGAUUGUUGGUUAUAAAAUUUGUCAGGUAAGAGAAGCUUUUUCUUGGGCGUGUUUUUCUAACUUUAUUUAUACUGGAUUGCUGUAUCUGUUCUGAACUGUCCUCCCUAGAAGUCAGUAAGGAUCAUCUCUUAUUGAUCCAGUGUUACUACAGGAGGAAACCUAAACUAAACUAACUUUAUUUAUACUGGAUUGCUGUAUCUGUUCUAAACUGUUCUCCCUAGAGGUCCAGUAAGGAUCAUCUCUUAUUGAUCCAGUGUUACUACAGGAGGAAAACUAAACUAACUUUAUUUAUACUGGAUAUCUCUAUCAGUAGUUCUAAACUGUUCUUUCUAGAGGUCCAGUAAGGAUCAUCUCUUAUUGAUAUAGUGUUUGCUCAAAGAGGGGAAAGGUACUUCCAACCACUGUAUUAGUAAUUCUAGUUUUGUCUGUCUGUUAUUUAGACGUUGGUUCUUGGCUUUGAUAAAGUGGUUUGUUCCGAUCCAGUUGAGCUGUUAUGUAAAUUGCUUGAAUCUGCAUUGGACCAGCGAUAUCAGUUAGCCACGCAGUAUAUCAAGGCUUUCAAUUUGGAUUCCGAAAUGGUAAUGUUGAUGGUGGUGGCAGUGGUGAUAAUGGUAGUGUUGGCGAUGUUGGUGAUGAUGGUGAGGAUGGUGGUGAUGGGAUCGUGGUGAUGGUGAUGGGAUCGUGGCGAUGGUGAUGGUAUGAUGGUGAUGGUAGUGAUAGUAGUAAUGAUGUUGGUUAUGAUGGUAGUGUUGGUGAUGAUGAUGGUGGUCGUGAUGUUGGUGGUGAUGGUAGUGGUGGUGGUGAUAAUGGUGGUGGUGAUGAUAGUGACAAUGUUGGUGGUGAUGAUGGUGAUACGGUGGUGGAUUUUGAUUUCGUAUAUUUUCUCCAUUAUCCAGAUUGCGAAGUUUGUUGCGAAAUCCAUCACAAUGUCUCUGACCGUGUACACCGGAUCAGGUAGGGGCCUAGGGCCGAGUGAUGCAUUCAACCAAACUAAACUACCCUAACUUUUUACAAGAUAUCUCUUCACUUUGUUUCAGCAAUUCAAGAAGAAAAAGUUUUCAUUUUCAACCCAACCUCAAAGGAAGACAUGGACAAUGUGACCAGUCUGACAGAGGACAAACUCGUGCUUGGUGGAUUUUUAUUUGAUGAAGCUUUACUGCUCGCUAAGAAUCGUAAACACAACAAACCGAGCUCAUCUGGUUUGUAUAGUUUCCUUUGAGUAACCAGGAUUUAUUAUCUUUAUUACUUGCAGUAGUUGAAAAACUAUAUAUCAGGAUUUUGUAUUGAACGUUUUCCAAUCCUUUAAGUAACCAGGAUUUACUAUCUUUAUUACUUGCAGUAGUUGAAAAACUAUAUAUCGGGAUUUUGUAUUGAAAGAUUUCCAAUACAAUCACGGCAUCUUUCAAACAAAGAAUACGAGGAAACGUGAUCGCCAUGCGAACAUAGAAACAACUACUUAUUGUUCAAUAUAAUCCCAUUCCUCACUGUAUUCCCAUCUUAUUUCAGCGCUAGCAAUGGAAGUGGAACUGUUGAUCAUUGCACAUCACUGUCAAACUCUAGCUUGUAACACCGAAGGAAUAUCAUCAAUUUUAAAACUGGCUCAACUCUGUACACACGCUCUAGCAGAAGCAAACGAAUAUCAGCAAAUGGUAAGAUAUCUUUAUAUUGAUGCCCUUGCUUGACAUCUAGGAAGAACAGUUUAGAACUGAUAGAGCUAUGCAGUAUAAAUAAAGUUAGUUUACUUUAGGUUUCCAACUGUAGUUACUCUGGAUUAACAAGAGAUAAUCCUUACUGGACCUCUGGGAAGAACAGGUUAGAACUGAUAGAGCUAUGCAGUAUAAAUAAAGUUAGUUUGUUUAGGUUUCCUCCUGUAGUAGCACACUGUACCAACAAGAGAUGAUCCUUACUGGACCUCUGAGGACAGUUUAGAACUGACACAGCUAUCUGAUAGAAAUAAAGUUUGAAUUUUUUCAGGCUCGGCUACUGACGGGGAUUGGAAGAUUUUCGGAAAUGACAUAUAUUUUCCAAGCAUUGAUGGACCAUCAUCAUUUUGAACUGUUGGUCAAGAAAGGUGUUGAUAAUGUAAGUAUUGCUGUUCUGGUGGUUGUCAUGGUAGCAGACUGGCAGUACUUGUGUUGUAUUGUUGUAACACCAUAAGUCAUAACAAAUAUCAUAUGCCAUACCAUACCAUACCAUAUACCAUACCAUGUACCAUGCCAUCUUAACCAACAGUUCAAAUCUAUCAGUAAUUCUAUACUGUCACGUGCUUACCCUCAUUAAAUAAAGUUUUCAUUCAUUUCAAGUUUUCAUACCAUACUAUACCAUACCAUACCAUAUCAUAUAGCUAAUCACAAUUUAUCUUUCCUCUUAAACAUUUUCCCAGGAGAACAAAUUAAAAAUCGCGUUACUCAAAUACUUGGACAAAUAUUACUUAGACGACACAGAAAAACAUCUUUUGGUAGCGUAUCGUUUUAGCAUGCACCGUGAGGUUGCCGUUAGCUUGGAAACAUCCGCUGAUUCACAAGUGUACAAGCUUGUCCAGAAAGGAUUGGGUAAGGUUUAGAGUAGUAAUAUUUUCCUCUAGGGAGAACAGUUUAGAAUUGAUAGAACUAAAGUAAGUUCGUUUAGUUAAGGUUUCCUCCUGUAGUAAGACUAAAUCAUGAUGGAAAGCCUUGCUGGACAUUUGGAAUAGAACUGAUAGAACUAUCCAGUAUAAACAAAGUUAGUUUAGGUGUCUUCUUGCAGUUCUUGUAGCAACACUGGGGCAAUAAUGGAAGGUCGUAGCAGACUUCUAGGAAGAACAGUUUAGAACUGAUCCAGCUAUCCAGUUAGUAUAAACAAAGUUCAGUUUUACAGUGUCGCAUUGGACUCAUUGCUAUAAUCUUCUUUCCACAGGUGCAACGAAUGAAGUGCGCACUCAACUUGUUUCCAUCGCCCAAACGUAUACUUAUGCAAUGGAAAAUUUCAAAGAGGUAAUUAUAGAAGUUGCUAUACAUGUACUACUUGGAACCAUUUACACGUUUCUUAACUGAUUUUAUAGUUGAUAGCCUUACCAUUUCCAAUCUGUUCUCCUUAACAAUGCCUUGUUGAUCCAGUGUUACUACAGGAGGAAACCUAAACUAAACUAACUUUAUUUAUACUGAAUAGCUCUAUCAGUUCUAAACUGUUCUUCCAAGAGGUCCGGUAGGGAUCAUCUUUUAUUGUGCCAGUGUUAUUACAGGAGAAAACCUAAACUAAAUUAGUUUUAUUUAUACUGGAUAGCUCUAUCAGUUCUAAACUGUUCUUCCUAGGGAUCAUCUCUUAUUGAUCCAGUGUUAUCACAGGAGGAAACCAAGCCAUAACAGCCGUACGUCAAUAAAAUCAAACUCUAAACAAGUACAAAAUAUUUGACUUGCCAGGAAGGGUGUCUCCUCCAAGCAUUGGAAUGUGCGAAGAAGCAUCGUCUGGUCGAACUACAAAAAUAUCUUCUACCAACAGGCAUGGUGAUCUUGGACCUAAGCGACAAAUCUCUUGCAGAAUUUUUGGCAAAGUACAACAACUUUUUUGAAGCGUAUAUCGUUGCUGAUGCGUAUAACAAAAGGUCGCUUGACGUUUGGGUCGAGCCGCUGUUCAAUCAUGUUAUUUUAAGAGGAGAUUUUAAAUAUCUUAACGAAAUUUGUAGCGUUUUUCAAAUGUCGAACACCAUUUUGUCUCAGUUGGUUGUAAGGUAAGAAUGUUUGUUUUCUUGUCGUCUUGUUUACUUGUUUUGCAAAACCAAAACUUUUUGUACUGGAUAGCUCGAUCAGUUCUAAACUGUUCUUUCUAGAGGUCCAGUAAGAGUCAUCUCUUAUUUGUCCAGUGUUACUACAGGAGGAAACCUAAACUAACUUUAUUUAUACUGGAUAGCUCGAUCAGUUCUAAACUGUUCUUCCUAGAGGUCCAGUAAGAGUCAUCUCUUAUUGGUCCAGUGUUACUACAGGAGGAAACCUAAACUAACUUUAUUUAUACUGGAUAGCUCUAUCAGUUCUAAACUGUUCUUCCUAGAGGUCCAGUAAGAGUCAUCUCUUAUUGAUUCAGUGUUACUACAGGAGGAAACCUAAACUAAACUAACUUUAUUUAUACUGGAUAGCUCUAUCAGUUCUAAACUGUUCUUCCUAGAGGUCCAGUAAGAGUCAUCUCUUAUUUGUCCAGUGUUACUACAGGAGGAAACCUAAACUAAACUAACUUUAUUUACACUGGAUAGCUUUAUCAGUUCUAAACUGUUCUCCCUAGAGGUCCAGUAAGAAUCAUCUCUUAUUGAUCCAGUGUUACUACAGGAGGAAACCUAAACUAAACGAACUUUAUUUAUACUGGAUAGCUCGAUCAGUUCUAAACUGUUCUCCCUAGAGGUCCAGUAAGAGUCAUCUCUUAUUUGUCCAGUGUUACUACAGGAGAAAACCUAAACUAAACUAUAACUUUAUUUAUACUGGAUAGCUCUAUCAGUUCUACACUGUUCUCCCUAGAGGUCCAGUAAGAAUCAUCUCUUAUCGAUCCAGUGUUACUACAGGAGGAAACCUAAACUAAACUAACUUUAUUUACACUGGAUAGCUCUAUCAGUUCUAAACUGUUCUCCCUAGAGGUCCAGUCAAUGUAAGGGGUAUUUUUUCAAAAUUGAUACUGAAAUAUUUUUCCAUAGGUAUCGUUCGGAAUUGCAGCGUAAUUCAACAGCCAUGGUGAAUAUGAAGAAAGUAAUGCGUUGUGAGAAGGACGUGAUAUGUAGGUAUAAACUCGCAGUUGAACUCGGAUAUAAAGACGAGAUUGAUGCUAUAAGACAGAGCGAGGCUGGGGCACUGGUACGAGACAGCUGUCGGUAA